GCCCCCACCCCUCCCAACCCCUGUCGCCUUUUCAAAUCCCCACCUCCAAACCAUUGGCGCCUCCGAUCCCCGGCAGCUUCAAGCAAGAUACCCUCUUCCACCCCUCGCCGCCGCGACACGCUCGACACGACACCACGACCUCUUCAAAACCAUACCCAGCUGCCCUACUGCCUGUGCUUGGCCACACACAUACACACAGCCCCCGCGCAGCCACAGAGUUUAGGCCACGUUGAGCCGCGGGGAUGCCACCGCUCGACCUCGACACCCUCGUCUCGUGGAGCGAUGGCGCCAGCGGCGGCGGCGGCGGCGGUGGCGAGGAGUUGAAGGCCGCGUGCGGUCGCGACGCCGCGCUGUCCGACGGCGGCCCCGGGGCCUGGGAGCGCGACGACGACGGCGACCCGUACGCCCCCGCGCAGUCGCUCCGGCUGAGGAUCGGGGAGGAUAUCGACUGGAGCGACGUCGCCGCCGGGGCAGUGUUGGAGCGGGACGACUCCACCAAGGGCGCCGGCGCCAACCCCAAGUGCGCCGCGCGCCGGAGCGUGGCCGCCGCCGCCGCGAGGGGCUCGCUGCCGUCGCCCGCCCCGACGGCGCGGAGGGCGGUGGCCGUGGUCAUCGGCGGCCUGGCGCCCGCGGCGGCGGGCAAGGCCGCGCGGGACCACGGCAGGCGGCGCCGCUCCCCGCGCCGCCCCGGCGGCCGCGCGAGGGUUUUCACGGCCGGGGAGGCGGCCGCCGCGGACCGCCUGGCGGAGCCGGGCUCGCCCAAGGUGUCCUGCCUCGGGGGCGUCCGGUCGCAGCAGCGGGCCGCGGCUGAGGGCGUUACCACUGGCCGCCGGUGGUGGGCGUGGCUGGUGGCCGACGUCGUGCGGCCCGGCUGCUGCUGGAACGGCCGGCGCGAGAGGAGGCCCCAUGGGAGCGAAGCCAUUGGUUCGGCGGUGGCGGCGUCAGCGCCUGUGCUGGCUGCGGACGUGGCAUCGGGGCAUCGGAUCGAUCGGUGGAGUAGGUGUGUCCGGUCACGUAGUGUCGGCCACAUCCCACAUGGAAACUUUUGUCAUCUCUAGUUUAGCUCUGGGUUGUCUCUGCUCAUGGUCGGCCGGAUUCCUGUACACGGGACCUUCACCAGGUGUUCGAUUUGAAUUUGAACCAUUCUGCCUCUCCAUUGUCCAAGUCUCUUAUGUGUCAUGCGUAAUGGGUCAGAGCCGAAGCCACCUUGUGUUUUUCUGGAUCCAGAUUGCUGAUCAGUAAUAAUACUACUAUUUGUUAAUCCGGAA